AUGGGUGCCGCCGCCGCCGACCCCCCCCGCGCCAUGGGCCUGGUGUCCAGCGUGGUGAACGAUACCCUCGAGUUCUACCGCUGGACCUGGAGCAUCCGAGACAAACGUGUUGAUGACUGGCCCUUGAUGCAGUCUCCAUUUCCAACCCUGACUAUAAGCACUAUUUAUCUCCUCACUGUAUGGCUGGGCCCCAAGUGGAUGAAGACCAGAGAGCCCUUCCAGUUACGUUUCCUGUUGGUUGUUUACAACUUUGGAAUGGUUCUACUCAACUUCUUCAUUUUCAAAGAGCUGUUUUUGUCAUCAAGAGCUCGAGGGUACAGCUAUGUCUGCCAGACUGUGGAUUAUUCAGAUAAUGUUUAUGAAGUUAGGAUAGCUGCUGCUUUAUGGUGGUAUUAUGUCUCUAAAGGAAUUGAAUAUUUGGAUACUGUGUUCUUCAUCCUGAGGAAGAAAUUUAACCAAAUUAGUUUCCUUCAUGUCUAUCACCAUUUCACCAUGUUCACCUUGUGGUGGAUUGGUAUUAAGUGGGUUGCAGGUGGACAAGCUUUCUUCGGUGCUCAGAUGAAUGCAUUUAUUCAUGUCAUUAUGUACAUGUAUUAUGGAUUAGCUGCCUGUGGCCCCAAAUUUCAGAAAUACCUGUGGUGGAAACGAUACUUGACCAUAUUGCAGCUGGUGCAGUUCCAUGUGACUAUUGGCCACACAGCCUUGUCUAUUUAUAUUGAUUGUCCUUUCCCUAAAUGGAUGCACUGGGGUGUCAUUUUCUAUGCUGUCACCUUCAUUUUCCUGUUUGGGAACUUCUACUAUCGGACAUAUAAGCUGCCCAAGGAACCCAUGAAGAACGGCAAGAUAGCAAAUGGUGCUGUGGCAAAUGGAGUAAGCAAGCCAGAAACUAAUGCAGUAGUGGAAAAUGGAAAAAAGCAGAAAAAGGGAAAAGCAAAAGGAGAGUAA